UUCUGAGCGAACAGGCAUUUGGGUUAACCCGCAGCUCAGGAAAAAGUCACUCGUUCAUACCACAAGAGUUUAAAAUACACAUUUUCUUUUAGGCUUUUAUUUUUUUUAUGCCAAUGUGUCAGGUAGUUGAAGCCUAUCAUGAUGAUUUGGAGCAGGAGGAGGCUCAAAGUGUGUCGAAGAACUGUGUCAAAUGCAAGGAGGCGAUUGCCGUUGUUGUCCUCAGAGCAGGGGACAAACACUGCAGGGACUGUUUUGAGCAAUACUUCCGUCACAAAUUCAGGGCUAUACUGGGAAAAAACAGAGUUGUUUUCCCUGGAGAAAAGGUGCUGCUGGCUGUUUCUGGAGGUUCUUCUUCUUCUUCAAUGCUCAGACAAGUCCAAGAGGGUUUGAGUCAGAAUGCGCACAAGAAAUUGAGAUUCAUGCCAGGAAUUGUCUACAUUGAUGAGGGUGGUGCUUUGGAUCAGUCUGUGGAGGAGAGACGGCAAACGGUGGCAAUGAUGGAAGAUAUGUUUAAAGCCACAGGAUUCCCCUUCUACAUUGUGCCUCUGGAAAAGGUUCUUGACCUCCCCAGUUCAGUUAUAGUGAUGGCUCCUUCUUCGUCACAGCAACAAGCAAGUUCCUACAAAUCAUCUUUGGAUCACUUCAUUCGCAGUAAUAGCGGAAGCUGUUUGACACCAGAGAAAAAGCAUGAAACUUCAUUGCCUUAUGCCCAGGAGUCCCAAACUCAGUUACUGCAACAGCUCAUCGACUGUUCUAAGACACUGACAGCCAAAGAAGAUAUACUGAGCAUGUUAAGACAGCAUCUGCUAGUACACACUGCUCGUUGUGAAGGCUACAAUAAAUUGAUGUUCGGAGACAACUGCACCAGACUGGCUGUCAAACUUCUGAGUAGUAUCUCACUUGGCAGAGGAGCACAGCUCGCUCAAGACACUAGUUUCUCAGACUCUCGCUAUGGUGAUAUUAUAUCAUUGAGGCCAAUGAGGGACUACUCUUCAAAGGAAAUAGCCUACUAUUGCCAUAUCUUCAAUGUCCCUUCCGUUGUCACACCAAACCUGCAUACCAAGAAUAAAGAAAAGGCCAGUAUACAGCGUCUGACAGAGAGCUUUGUCAAUAAGCUGCAAGUCGAUUUUCCAUCUACGGUCAGCACCAUCUACAGAACAAGUGAAAAGCUGCAAACAACUUGUAAGAGUACAUCUGCGAACCCUUGCGACAGAUGUUUGCUCUGUAUGUGUUCUCUGGAUACUACAGUUGCGAAUGCUUCGGCCUUCCAGGCCACUCGGAUCUCUGAACGCCUCUCCCAGUGCAAAUCUCUUGGUGCUAACAGUGAUUUGUUUCCCGGACAAAACACAGAAUUGAGAAGUCCUGGUACCAAUUGCUGUUCCAAGGGCAGAGGAAAGCAUUUUGAAAGAACUGUGGAAGACAGAGGCUGUUGUUCUAGUAUCAGGGUUCCAGACACAACUGAUAUGAGUGGCCUGCUGUGUUACAGUUGUCAGUUGACCAUGAAAGACAUGUCCUCAGUCGAAUGUCUCCCUCAAUACAUCUUGUCAGAGGCUCAGAUAAGGCAAAGGAGGUCUCGCAUGAAAGAGGAGAUCAGUGAUUUUCUGCUGGAUGAUUAGGAUGGAAAGGUUUUGACAAUACGGAAGUGGAGCUAAAUAUUUAUCUGCAGCAGGAACAACAUUUUCUGUCUGCACGAGCAAUGUCUGUUUAUUUUGUACUCUACUGCAUGGAAUUUGUCAUGUUCAGUCUACCAGGCUGAUUAACACUUAAAUAAACAUACUCUCGUCCUAUAGACUUUGAUAAUUUACAUCGUCAAUCCCACCAUACUUCAGUUGUACAGCCGUGUUCAUGACCCUUGUUCUGCAUGCUUCUUCUCCUGUCCUUGUCCUGUUCUAGCUUGUCCUGUCCUUCCCUCACAGGGUGUAGCACUACAGCCCCAUGCAACACGCAUUUACCGUAUUUUCGCAACUAUAAGGCGCACUGUGUUAAAAGGCGCAGUCUCAGUUCCAGGGUCUAUUUCUGCAUUUAACACAUACAUAAGGCGCACCGAAUUAUUGGGCGCAGGCAUGGUAAAAC